GAAGAUUUGUGUGCCACUUUUGACUUCGGUUGUACCUGACUGAUGUUGAAGCCUGGACCUACUUCAGCUCUCAUUGUGCGACAAGGCAGAAGGUGACUAGGCAUUUUAACACAUGUCCCAGCCACCUGAGUCGGUGAAGGUUCACAACUUCAUCAACUGGCCUUUUGCUUCCUAAAACACUACAUCUUACUUCUACUUUGCUGAUGUGAAGACUCCACGAUUUCUACGUUGAUUGUUUCUUCGUUUCUUUUCUUCUUGUCGCUUUAUAUACAUUAUGAGUCAGGCAGAAUGGUUGGAGUUGGAAAGCGAUCCUGGACUAUUUACUUUACUCCUAGAAGAUUUUGGAGUUCAAGGAGUUCAAGUGGAAGAAAUUUACGAUUUAUCUAAACCAAUUACUGAAAUUGUCUAUGGUUUCAUAUUCUUAUUCCAUUGGAACAAAGCUAAGAAAAAGCCUUGUCGUCGUACUGGUAGAGGUUCAACUGGUUCUGUAGCAAAUACAAUUUCUCCAAGUUCGUAUACAUCUGUUCCUUCUUGCGAUAAUAAUGUGCGAACAAAUGCAGUCACUCAGCGAACUGGAAAUAAUAGUUUCCGUCACCGUUCAGUAUCUGGAUCAGGUCAGGAAAUCCUUGGUUCUCCUGAGGUUAAAUCUGUUGAUGGAGCAUCAGAAUGCAAGGCAUUUGUUUCUCAGUCUUCAGAUAAAAUUGAAAUUUUCUUCGCACAUCAGGUUGUACAAAAUUCUUGCGCCACCCAUGCUUUGUUGAGCAUUUUACUAAAUAGACCUGAAAUAAAUAUAGGACAUAUGCUGGCAGAAUUUCAAAAAGCUACUCGUCAUCUGUCACCUGAGGCUAAAGGUCUUGCUAUUGGUAGCAUGCCUCAGCUUGCUCAGGCUCAUAACCGACAUGCUGCUAAACCUCCGGCGGUGUUCAAAGAUGAGACACCGCCUGACGUGACCCUGCCUGAACCAAGUCAAGCUGCAGCAACAGCAGCAGCAAUCGCUAAAGCUAGCAUGGGAGCAUCGAAUUCUAUGAACUCUUCAGAUUCCAGUCCUGGUUUAACUGCUACCGCAACCUCCGGUGUGACAAUUCCAGAUACAUUUCAUUUCGUUUGUUAUGUUCCUAUUGGUGGUUUUUUGUAUGAGUUAGAUGGUCUCACUUCUGAACCAAUCAAUCAUGGUCCUUUGAAGAAUCCAAAUGAUCAAUUUGCUUGGACUAAACAGUGUGCUGAUGUUUUGAAGGAGCGUAUGCAGGAACAAGAUGUUCGGUAUAACUUAUUAGCUGUUGUGCCGGAUCGUCGUGUAGCGCUUACAAAACGGAUGCAAAUGUUGAAACGUAAUCGUCAACUUAUCCAGAAUAUCUUAAUUCGUAUGUGCAACUAUGAUCCUUCACCUAAACUUUCACAUUGUUCCAGUAAUACGACUACCACAGUUACAGUUACUUCGCAUAAUCAUUCGCAUAGACUGAAUGGUCAUCACCAUCCUCAUUCUGACCAUAUUCAGGAUCAUUACGGUUCCAAUCAUUCUGAACACUGUAAUAACCAUGUUUGUGUGCCUCCAACGAGUUCAUCAUCAUCUGUGUCUGUGGAACAGCAUGAAUUUCCAUGUCAAGAGAAAUGCUCAUCCAUAAAAACAAACGUUCACACUUGUGAUAACAAUCGUUGUUUCGAUAGUAUAGCUAACAAUGCUGAUAAAAACAAACAUGAAUCACUUGAUGACCUGGAGGAUUCACAUUUCAUAAAAACUCGUUCAGCGACACGUGCUGCAAAACAAACCACUUAUGAAAGUAAUCACUAUGAUCUGGAAUCCAUUAAAACAACUUAUCAGAAACAAAACAGUACAUCUAUCUCUGAUGGUAUACAUUCUACUUCUGAGGAUUAUAACAAUUGUUGUUCAAAUCGUAAACGUUCAUCUUAUCCGUCGAAUGACCGAUAUGAUUUGGACUACUGGAAAUGUGAACAUAAGAAGCCUCAUUUACUUACAUCUCAUGAUGGUAUUAUCAAUAAUCAAAAUGGAUAUAAAUCUACAUCUGACUCUAACUAUUCACCAGAUUCAAAUAAAAUGAAUAGAAUAUUCGCUUCGUUUAUUUCAGAUAAUUCUCCCUUAUCAUUAACUGCAUUCACUACAGCAGCUUUUGACACAGUUAACAAACUUGAUACAAGUAAGCCUUCUCAUGUGACUGAAGACUUUAAAGAUUCAAACGGAAGUCUUCAAGAUAGUCGUUAUUCAGAGAAUACUCAGUCAAAUGGAAUUACUACUAAGGUAGAAGAAAAUUGCACAUUAGAUGGCAAUAAUUGUAAUUCAUGUGAACAACAUUCGGACUUCAUCACAAAAGUAACAUCGUCGCUAACAUGUUACUCAGAAAUCAAUUCAAAAGUACGUGAAACUCCAUUUAGCAACCGUUCAGCAACGUUUCUAAGUAAACAAGGUACUCCACCGAAAGAACUUACAAAACCUUUAACUAUUGAAACGAAAUUGUGGUGUGAUUCUGCAGAAAAUGUUAGCACUGGGGAGUCGGCAACUUCUGCUAAUAAUGAAAUGUACCUUACAGGUUCAUCGGUUACUUCAUCUACUGAAAUGGGUGGUAUGGUUUCAGACUCUCGUCCUCAAACACGAGCGCUGACUAGAGCAUCUUUAAAACAAAACUUACAUAUCUCCGCACCAAUUCCAAUUGAAGAACGAACAUCCAAUACCAAAAUGACAUUAGAAAAUGUGCAGUCAAUGAAAUCUGAUCAAAUGCAUCAUGAUUCCAGCAUAAACUCAUCGAGUGUGUGCGAUCUGCAUAUAUUACCCAAGCUUUCUUUGUCCACAGAAAAUUCUCCUACAACUCCAACAUUUUCAGCUGAAUCGAACAUUUCAACUGUAUCCACUGUUGUUACUGGCUCGCAUCGUGGAUCAAAAUAUCCAACUAGGUCAUCUACUCGAAUGGACACUCUUGCUUCGCAUAAUUUAGCUAAUCUUCGUUCAAAUCCUGUCACUGUUCAAAGUAACAUCAGUCCAUCAAAAGUAAACAGAACCACGUCUUUUGAACAAAAUACCAUUACUGCUGCUGCUAAUAAUAAUAUUGCUACUACAACCACUCCUGUUGUUGUGAAUACUAGUAGUAAUACUGAUCUUUCAAAAUACAUGUCACCUUUUACAUAUAGCUGUACAAAACUAAAAAAUUCACCAAGUUUAUACCCACCGUUAAGUGUAGAGGAAUUAAACAUCUUAUUACAUAAAAUAGAUGAACAAAUUAAAAUCUGUAUUCAUGCUUUGAUUGAAGAAGAGGAAAAGCGUCGAUCUUAUCGUAUUGAUGAUGCUAGACGCGUACAUAAUUAUGAACCAUUUAUACGGGCUUUCCUCACUGCUCUUGCUAGACAUGGAAUGUUAAAAAAUCAAAUAUUAUCUGCCAUGCAAUUAAAAAAUUCCUCGAGUAGUAAUCAAAAUCAUAAUUUAUCUAUUCAAGUAUCAGAUAGUUGUAAAAAGUCGAAUAUAAAAAAAUCUAUGAAUGAUAAACAUAUCAUUAGUAAAUCUCAUGCUGGACGGAUCUAUUCAUUCUCCAAUACUGGUUCGAUAAAAAAUAGAACUUUUCGUUCAAAUUCAUUGGUGAACAGAUUAACUCGAGUUAAUUCAUCUACAAAUAAUAUCAAUAAAAUUCGUGUUUCUCAUCAUUAUAGUUCUUUAAAUUACCGUAAACUACGAACACGAAACAGGAAAAAUCAUAUCAAAAAUUUGGACUCAAAUUGUGCUGUAAAGUGUACAGUUUCAGGUGAUUCACAACCGUCUCUUAUACAAGUAUCCAAUAAUAAUAAUCCAUCAUAUAAUGAAUCUUCUGCAACAAUCAUUUCUACUGAUAACAGUUUGUCGUGUAAUGCACUAUCAAAAGAAAUUGGUUCAAUUAAUUCUCCCGUUACACGUCAAACAUCAACUAUAUCUACUCAAAACAGAAAUUCUUGUGCAGUACGAAGUGGUGUAGACCAGCAGCAUGAUGAUGAGACUGGUGGUUCCGUUUCGGAAGAUGCGUUCGUUAAUUCGAACGGCAACUUAUGUACAGUUAACUGUCAAAAGUCCGCUGUAGUUGUGGAUGAAAACAUUAUAGUUGAAGGUAAUUUACUUAUUUCAACUGUAUCAUCAGUAACAGUGGCAUCUUGUUCAUCUUGUGGUUCAUCUCCUCAGUCAUCUAAUUCUUCUCGGUCAACUAAUCUUCGAUCUGGUUCAUGCGGUGUAAAACUAAGGCAGGCUAAUUCAGAUAUCAUCAAUAACAAGCGGUCUUUACGUCCACGUACGUCACGUGAACGCGUUUCUACACGAGUUACACAUCAUUCGACUGAUUCAGUCAGUGUAACAUCAGAAGAACCCGAAACAAGCAACGUUGGAAUUAAUUUAAGGGGUAGGACACCGAAAUCCUCUUCACGUAUAAAUGUUACUGAUUAUACAAAGAGCACUGUCAUAGAUUCGUCUACUUCAUCAAAUCCUCAACGAUUUCGUAAACGACGUCUUCACUGAUAUUGUGAAUUUAUUUUUAUCGAAUACUCUUUCCUGAUUGUCUUUCUGUGUAAUUACAGGUGCAUUAUCACCACUGCAAUGAAUACAACAGUUGUUGUUAUGAUUACUGUAGUUCACAUCUUCCCAUUGUAUCUUACUCAUAUCUCUCCUUAUAUUUUUAUCGUUUCUACUUAUCGACUGUAAAGUUUCUUUCUGUAACGCGAUAAUUAUCUACGUGAGCGGAAAUUUUUCGGCAUAUUAUUGCCGUCAUUACCAGUGCUAUGCCUACUACAUGAUUUCAAGUUGGUUUGUGUUUCCGUAUAUAUUAUUUUAACUUAGUUCACAGUCAAAUAUUAUACUAUAUGGAAUGGAUACCGCAACUUAUUAUUUUUUUAAUUUUACUUUCUCUUCAAUAUAUGCCCAUAUUUUGUGUGCGUAAGAGAAGAAGACGAAAAAUUCUGUCAGCUGAGUAGUAGUUGUUCAAUACUUAUUAGGACUGUAUUAUACAUAAUUUAAUUUUCAUUACUUUUCAACUUUUUUUUUUUAAACCUGCAUUCUUUUUCACAGUAUACAAAUAGUGAUUAUAUGUUACCGCUCUUGAAUGUGUACAGUACUGUUAAAUAAUAGUUUAAACAACUUGUUAAUGUUUUUUUUCUUCUUAUCUGGUCUAUAUGAAAAUGUUUUUUUGCGAACAAAGUGUACAUAUCUGUCCAUCUAUCUAUUCAAGCAUAUUUUCCUUAUCCUAUGUUUUCCUGUCUGGAAUACAUUAGUGUAUUUCACAUCGCUUAUGUACAUGUUCUUCUUUUUAUCUGUCCCUAUAUAUUACUCUUAUGGUAGUACAUUUAUUUUCAAUAAUAAAGUUUAGCUUUACAAGAGAUUGUACAUUUUCGUACAUGUGGUCGUGUGUGUUUGUUCACCUGUCAGCUUGUAUUCUUUCGUUAUUACAUUGAACAUGUAAUCUUUUUAUUUUCUUACUGCUUUAACUGAGAGUUGGUUUCAGUAAAGUAGAUAUUUGUAUAGUUAAUGAAAUGACUUAAACUGUGGUAACAGACGUUCUCUUCCUCCUUUUUAUUAUAUUGUUAGUUGUUAUUUUGUUUUCUUUGCUUGUUGUUUUUCCUCGUGAAUGUUUUUUUUCUAAAACUGGAGACAACUUGCCAUUAGUUCACUAAUCAAGCAAUCGAUCAAUUGUGCAGAACAGAAAACAUCAGGUUGUUUUUUUUACGUUACCUUUACUUAUCAAUACUGGUACUAUUAUUAUCAUCACCGCGGCAACUACUACUGUUAACACUAUUAAGUAGUAAUAAUUUAUCUUGUUUUCAUUUAUUUUUCGUUUGGAGAGUAGUAACCAAUUAUCAUAUGAAUAGUGAUUAUUUACUAAUGAUAGAUAACUACGGUCAGCAUUAUUCUGAUUUCAUAAGAGAAUUUUUCCGCUCAUAUGCAUGGGCUGACUGGCGGUUUUUGUUCUCAUCGUGUUUUGUUUCAUACUUCUCUUUUAACAGAAAUUUAAAAGCAGCAAAAUCGAUUCUUUAUCCAUUUUUGUUUUUUCUUGUUCAUAGGUCCAGUAUGCUUUUCAAAGUAUGUGCUAGUGGGAACUUUAAUGUGUUGUAUGCGUUUAGUAUAUAUUCACUUGAACAAGAGUAAUAGUAAAACGUCAGUCAAUAUACAGACAUGAAAU